AACCUUUUAUUACAUCCCACAAAAUUUCAACUCAGACGCUUGAAAUAGCUUCUAAAAUUUUGAAAGGGGAAAAACAGUGUGACAAGGAGGAUGGGCGAACGGGACCGAUCCCCUCUCAAUUGUGCAAAAAGAGUCAAGAUUGAGGCAGAAACUGGAAUUGAUUGGAUCAGUGCGUUGCCAGACUCUCUUAUCGUUGAAAUUCUUUCUAAAAUCCCAAUUACAGAGGCUUGCACAACAACUAUUCUCUCAAAACGUUGGCAAAACAUGUGGACUUGUAUCCACGACCUGAAUUGUUACCCCUCGAAGACUGGUUGGUCUGCUAAGAGGUUUAUUUCCUUCAUCCACAAUGCAUUACCUCUUCUUACCUCUUAUAAAAUUGAAAGCUUCACUCUACAUUUCAGAUCUAACAUUGCUCUGUCAAAUUAUAGUUCCAAACUCAACAAAUGGCUUCAAAUUGUAUUGAAGAAAAAAGUGGAGAAUCUUGACCUAGAUUUAAGGGCUUGCGACGAUUUCUUUGACUAUUAUUUGGAUAGUGAUCUGUAUAGUUUGCCACAGGAACUUUGCAGCAGUUCAUCACUUGUAAAACUAAAAUUCAAGUUUUGCAAAAUACCAGAAGAUCGUAAACUCAAUUGGACAUCCCUAAAGAGUUUGACACUAACAUUUGUGCUUCUCAGUGACGAACACAUGAAACAAAUAACAUCAAAUUGUCAUCACCUGGAAUCUUUUAAGCUGUGUUAUUUUUGUGGUUUUCAUCGGUUGCAUUUAACUUCCCCAAAAUGUACGACACUUGAAUUGAGUAACCACACACAUCCUCUUAACUAUAUGGGAGAUGAGUGUUACUUUGAAAUUGUUGCUCCAUAUGUUCAACAUUUUAGGAUUUCAGGGAAUUUUGAUGGUGUGGGAAUUAGGCUUGGGGACUUGUCGUCUUUGAUCCACGCUGAUCUUACUUACAACUUGUAUGAUGACCGUGGAUUAGAUGAUGUAAUUGACAAAAGCAUAGUGAAAGAUCACUUGACAAGCGUAGCUUGUGCUAAUGAGCUAAUCAUCCCAUCCUUGUAUAUCGAGAUGAUUUCCAUGUUGAUAUUGCAAAAAGAAGAUGUCUCAUUACCGUUGAUGGAGUGCAAACGAUUGACGAUAAAUUCUUGGAUUAGCAAAUAUACCUUCCUUGGCAUUGUCAGACUCUUAAGUUCAACUCCUUGUCUAGAGAAUUUGACAAUACAUCUUAAAGUGGACUGCACUUUCUUAAAUUACUGGUGUGAAGACAUGGAUGAGUUGGAAGACAACUAUGUAAACAUAUUCAUCAUAGGUUCGUUGCGGAAUCUGAAAAUCUUAAAGGUUAUUUUACAGUGGAGUCCCUUAAUAGAGGAUGACACAGCAACAGAGCUUACUGAACUGAUGAAGUGUUUGUUUGAGCACGCAAAAUAUCUGGAGAAACUGGUUAUAGUGGCAGAGAACAGUGAUUGUUCAGAAGUGAUACAAAGUUUGUUAGCUCUUCCCAGAGUUUCUAAUAGUACUGUAGUUGUUUCCUUAGAAUCGGUUGCUGGUGUUGAGUGCUGAGUAGAAUUUAUUUAGAUUGAUUCCGUUUGUUUCCCAGAAUAUUUUUUUCAAUUAUUAUGAAUCUCUUUACAUUUAUUUGAUAGCUUUUAUAUAUUUUGGCCUAUGACAUUAUUUAUUGUA